UGAGAGAGGCGCGCUCGCUGUUGAUGCUACCUACCUAGGUCUUGGCGCUUCCCCGCAACUUUCACAUGCGAAGACGUUCGUCAUUGCUUGUACAAGACAACGAGUCGACGCCAUGUUGCUUCGACUGGGCUCAUGCAGCGUGGAGCUCAACAUGUGGAACCCAGUCUACGCCCUCACGCCCCUGAUACUACUGUUCGUCUCCAUCCCGCUCGCCAUCUUCGCCGUCGUCACCACGUCAGUCGCCAUAUCGCUGCUCUCCUUGCGCGCAUUGGCCGUGUAUUGCCGCCUUGCCGUAGCCAUCGUUGGAGCAUGGCUCUCCCCUUCGCCGCCGAAGCCCAUGCCGCUUCGCCGUUCCUCUCUCAUGCCUUCAUCCGCCCGACAGUCUCCGACCCGACAGCGCCAUCGCCGGGCCAGCACGGCCAGCACGACAUCUUCACAAGACACUGGCAUACAUUCGGCACACACGUCGCGUCUUCUGAAGCACAAGAAUAACUCUCUCACGGCGCUCAUCGGUACAAGCGAGUUGACGCGCGACUUCGAAGGUGUGGGCGGGUGGAGGAUGUCUGGCGAUGAUGACGAAGAGGCACUGUGGAUGGGCAUCAACUCGAGGCUUCAACUGCCUGCUGAGACGCCUACUAGGAGACAUGCUAGAAGCCUGACAGGCGGCGUGAGCCCAGGCCAGAGGUGGAGUGCCGGCUCAGAAGCGUUCCGGAUGAGUCCGGUGCAGAGCAGGGCGAGGACACCAGUGCGCUUUGCCAUCGAAGACGAGUCUGGCUAUUUUCCUAUGCAGCCAGUCUCCGCCAACCGCCGUUCAAGCGUCGGUUCCGAUUCUAUAAAACACCACAAAAGAAGGAAGAGUGGCAGUGGUGGUAGCAUGUCAAGCACUACCUCGGUCCCCCGAGAACCCACAACUUACGCCCUCCAUGGCUGAACACGAAGAACAGGCUGACACUGUCGCGCACUAUUCUGAUCGGCCACGACUGGCUGUCAUUACCGCUGGUGCUAUAGCCGCCCUUGCCGUGAUCGCCAAAACCAACGGGCCCAUGGUCCAAAAAACACACACGAGAGCGCUCGCAAUCUUGUUGAAACGCUUCCACGAUAUAAGGAGCCACCAUCGUACAAGUCGAACAACAGCUUCUAGUACGCAAUCUAGAAUUUGCAGCUGACCUGGUAAUUAGCUUAUGUUUGACUUUAACGACAGUAUGAUAUUGUGCCAGGCACUGAACGGGGUUCGACAUGAUGAUAGAAUGUUCAAUGACAGGAUGAGCUUUAUCACUCCUACACUUUAGCCCAUCAUUGCAGAAAUAUCAUGUAGGAGAGAUUGGUCGGAU